GAGGUGUCUUCAAGCUCGAACUCUUUUUGCCUGAAGAGUACCCGAUGGCCGCUCCUAAGGUUCGAUUCCUCACCAAAAUCUACCAUCCUAACAUUGAUAAGCUUGGAAGGAUAUGUCUUGAUAUUCUUAAAGACAAGUGGAGUCCUGCACUUCAGAUCCGUACUGUACUUUUGAGCAUUCAAGCACUUUUGAGUGCUCCAAACCCGGAUGAUCCACUCUCUGAAAACAUUGCAAAGCACUGGAAGUCAAAUGAGGCUGAAGCUGUUGAAACGGCCAAGGAGUGGACACGCCUAUAUGCUAGUGGUGCAUGAAGACAUAGCAACGAAAUAUUCAAAAAUAACAAAAAUUAUGGAAUGUAUUCUAUUGACUUGCUUAUCAAUAUGACACUUCGGACGGCUGUUAAUGCCCGGACUCUUCCGAUUACCUCCCAUAAUUGCUUCCCUGCCCUUGAAAUUGUAUAAUUUAAUGUGACAUCCGUUGGUUUUCCAGUGUUCAGGAAUGAACUACUUACAACAAAACUGGAUAUGGUUUUGAGAAAGGGAUAAUGUCACUGCAAGGGUAUUUAAUGUUUCAGAUCUGUGGUUGGAAUUGGAAACUAAUGUUGCUGCAGCUGGUAUGAACCUCCAUAGAUUUGUUUCAAGAUAAUGAAUGUGCUAACGUAGAGAUCAAUGUUUGACCUGUUUUUCUUUCUUAUUUUCUGUUUUGCCCAUUCCUGGAUUGCGUGCUUGGGUUUGCUUGCUUUUUGUUUCUUUUUCCAUUCAACGUUUUUGUCCUACCAUUCCAUGUAUUGUGGACACGGUUAGAAACCCAAAACAAUAUUUUAUAAUACUAAACGAAGAUACUUCGA